UGAGGGCCACACUCCUUCCUGGGCAAUCAUCUGAGGGCCAUAUGCCAGUGGUGGAUGGAGCCAGAGGCAAAAGGGGUUGAAGGGAACCCUACCUGGAUCCACUGGAGUCGCGCUAAAAUAGCCUCCCCGGAAGGAUGGACGAUUGCCAACCAGAGAGGCCUAAAGAUGACCCUGAGAAGGGAUGCCACCACGCGGGACGCGACGGGAGAAGCCUCCUCGGGACCGGCAACCGAGAGAGCGAAAUAGCUGGGGGCGCUGCAUCCCCUACCGUCCUGGAUAGAGUAGUGGGACACCGCCCGAAGAUUCAGAUUUGCCCAACUUCAACUAGAAUGCCCUGUUGUAAAUUAUCUUAUUUGAUUAUACUGUUCCAGUUUGGGGUUAUUCUAAUGCUGCUGUUGUUUCCUCCCCACUGUGUAACGGCUACCCUUCCAUCCUGCAGGAUUUGUAUUAAGACUGUUAGGAACCAUAACAAUAUCCAGGACACUCUAGUUUAUCAGAGUAAAUUCAGUUGUAAAGGGACAGCUGUCACAUGCCAGUUUCGUAAUGUUAGUUACUCAGCCUGUAUUCAGGGAAACCAGACAACUUGUUAUGACCCCAAAGAAAGUCCUGACCAAUGGUGGCUUCAGGUGAGGGAAGGCACGCAGAGUGGACGAGUACUGUUCCAGACCAGAUUAGCAACCCCUAAUACUACAGCAUGGGUUAAAAUCGAACCUUGUGAGAUUUCAAAAUGGCCUGACCAAUGUGGAAAUCAUGAUUGGGAAAAGUCUUAUACGUGGGAUGAUAAAUACAUUUGUCCUGAAAAGGGUAUCAGUACUGAAUGUACAAAUCAAUGUCCUUAUUGGAACUGUGUAGGCUGGGCCACUUGGCAAACUACUGGGAUAAGUGCUCACCUUUCCAAAGUCACAGUACAAAGUGACUGCGGGCCCCGGAAAUGUAAUUAUGUAAAUUUUACUAUUAAUAAUCCACGGGCCUUUUUGAGUAAAUUUGGGCAACACUUUGGGUUACGCAUUCAUGGAACAGGCAGAGAUCCGUUAGGAUUGUUCUGUCUGAAACUUGUUCAACUAACAGAGACAGGCCAUACCUUGGAGCAAACCUUCUUCUCUGAUUUCUGGGAGGAGAUGAAUACUUCUUUCCAGGUACCUGAAGUGGCCAGAAAUUUGUCUAUUACUUUUGCAGAAACUGUGGCCACCGCUUUAAACGUCAGUAAUUGUUAUGUUUGUGGGGGGACUCAGAUUGGAGAUCACUGGCCCUGGGAAGCUGCCGAAUUGAAUGUUAGUCAGCUUUAUAAUACCACCAAUAUCACAAACCCCCAUAGUCAAUGGAUGUUGAAGGCUACUCUUGUUGGUCGUUGGUGUGUACAAAGGAUCUCCCCCGGUGCCCCACAGAUAGGUCAGAUGCCUUGUGAAACCAUGACCAUUUUGAAUCAGUCUGCAAUUAGUUAUUGGCCCAAUGCCUCUUUGAUUCCAGUUAAUCUGUUGUGGACAGCAGAGUUAAAGUUAAGGUUAAAUUUGUCAGUUAUUAAUAAUAAGUCUUGGAAAGCGUUACCAGGGUUUUACUGGGUUUGUGGGAAAUAUGCUUAUUCAGAAUUACCCGAACCCUGGGAGGGAACUUGUACUUUAGGAGAGGUCAGACCAUCCUUCUUUCUCAUUCCCCUCAGUGCAGGAAUUCGGUUAGGACAUCCUUUGUAUGGUAGGAAAAAGAGGAUGACAGUUAAGAUUGGUGACUGGAAGGAUGAUGAGUGGCCCCCUGAAAGGAUAGUUCAGUACUAUGGACCUGCAACCUGGGCCCAGGAUGGGUUAUAUGGAUAUAGAACCCCAAUCUACAUGUUAAAUAGAAUAAUUCGGUUACAGGCAGUGCUUGAACUUAUAACAAAUGAAACUGCGAGGGCUUUGACUGCUCUGUCUAAAACACAAACCCAACUUAGAAAUGCUGUGUACCAAAAUAGACUCGCCCUUGACUACCUGUUGGCAACGGAAGGAGGGGUUUGUGGGAAGUUCAAUUUGACUAAUUGUUGCUUACAUAUUGAUGACAAUGGAAAAGUAAUAGAAGAUAUAACAGAUAAAAUAAUUAAGCUUGCACAUGUGCCGGUACAAACAUGGAAAGGAUUUGAGUGGGCAGAAGGGCUGGGUCCGUGGUUCCAAUGGAUAGGAGGGAUACGAGGUAUUAUUGGACAUUAAUUGUAGGAAUUCUGAUGUGUGUCUUGUUACCCUGUAUUCUACCUCUGAUAAUGCAAGGGUUAAGGAACAUGAUGGAGAGCAUAGCGGACAGGAGAACAUCAGUGCAGCUAAUGGCGUUGUAUGAAUAUGUCCAUACCUACCUGUAAGAAUGAUACUCCCCAAACCUCUUAGCGAGGUCAGUGAAGUAUCAAAGGGGGGGUUGUAAGGGUUAAUGGACGCCAUUAGCAAAGAAGGAUUCAGCACGUAGACCAGAAGGAGGCGCAAGCGCAGAGGAUUGUUCUAGGAAUGGAAAAUUACCAGCUAUACAGUUAUGUUUUGUGCAACACACUCACCAAUGUAUCUUUUCUGUUGUCUGUAACCCAAUAAAAGAGCUGUGCCUCAACUGUCAGGAGACACAGUUUGGAGGACAAAUUCCCCUGUGUCUCUGCUAGCAAUA